CACGGAAGUAGCGUUUCACAAACUACCGUCAGGGUCCGGCGUGACAUUCACCGGGUUGUUGGAGUUGGGGGUUGCGUAAAAGGAAGAAUACGACCACCCUGUUUCCGACUUAGCUGUUAUCAAAAUGAGAGUACUAAAAGCGGGCCUGUGUUUGGCUAAAACGCAUCUUCUGGCACCAGGGAGCGUCACUGUUAAAAAGGUGCUCAUCAACAGCUGUCGGACAUGCUCCUCCGGUGUCAUUCCCAACGAGAGGAUCCGCAACAUCGGGAUCUCAGCACACAUCGACUCGGGGAAAACCACCCUGACCGAGCGUGUCCUCUACUACACCGGCAGAAUAGCAGAAAUUCAUGAGGUGAAGGGGAAGGACGGUGUCGGAGCCACCAUGGACUCUAUGGAGCUGGAGAGACAGAGAGGCAUCACCAUCCAGUCAGCUGCUACAUACACCAUGUGGAAGAAUCACAACAUUAACAUCAUUGACACACCAGGUCACGUGGACUUCACCAUCGAAGUGGAGCGAGCGCUGCGCGUGCUGGAUGGAGCGGUGCUGGUUCUGUGUGCCGUGGGGGGGGUCCAGUGUCAGACCAUGACCGUGAACAGACAGAUGAAACGCUACAACGUCCCCUUCCUCACCUUCAUCAACAAGCUGGACCGCCUGGGCGCCAACCCCAGCCGAGCUCUGCAGCAACUUAGAACCAAACUUAACCACAACGCAGCCUUUGUGAACAUCCCCAUCGGCCUGGAGGGGAACAUGCGUGGCAUCAUCGACCUUGUACAGGAGCAGAGCGUGUAUUUUGAAGGACCCUUUGGUCAAAGUGUCCGCUACGAUGAGAUCCCGGCAGAUUUUCGUGCUGAGGCUGCAGACCGGAGGCAGGAGCUGGUGGAGUGUGUGGCCAACGCGGACGAAAUCUUGGGAGAGAUGUUCUUGGAGGAAAAAAUUCCCACCAAUGAUGACCUGAAGGCUGCAAUCCGCAGAGCCACAGUGCAGCGACUCUUCACCCCAGUGUUGGUGGGCACAGCGCUGAAAAACAAGGGCGUGCAGCCUCUGCUAGACGCUGUCCUGGAUUACCUGCCCAACCCCACUGAGGUCCAGAACUAUGCUACCCUCAAUGAUGAAGAUUCCAGUGAAACGUCAAAGAUUCAAAUGGACCCCACAAGAGAUGAUACAAAUCCCUAUGUCGGCCUGGCCUUCAAACUGGAGGCCGGGAGGUUUGGCCAGCUGACAUAUGUGCGGGUGUACCAGGGCUGUCUGAGGAAGGGGGAAUACAUCUACAACACACGCACAGGCAAGAGGGUCAGAGUUCAGAGGCUAGUGCGUCUUCAUGCCGACCAGAUGGAGGAUGUGGAUGAAGUUUAUGCAGGAGAUAUUUGUGCUCUGUUUGGGAUUGACUGUGCCAGUGGAGACACUUUUACAUCCAAGACCAAUGCUAACCUGUCAAUGGAGUCAAUUCACGUCCCAGAGCCUGUCAUUUCCAUGUCAAUGAAGCCAGCCAACAAGAAUGACCUGGACAAAUUCUCCAAAGGUAUCAACCGCUUCACCAGGGAGGAUCCAACGUUCAGAGUUCAUUAUGACCCAGAGAGCAAAGAAACCAUAAUCUCGGGCAUGGGCGAGCUGCAUCUGGAAAUCUACUCUCAGAGGAUGGAGAGGGAAUACAGCUGUCCCUGCGUGAUGGGGAAGCCCAAAGUGGCUUUCAGAGAGACGAUCACCAGUCCUGUACCGUUUGAUUUCACCCAUAAGAAGCAGACUGGUGGCUCUGGGCAGUACGGUAAAGUUAUCGGGGUACUUGAGCCUCUGGAGCUAGAGCAUUACACCAAGUUGGAGUUUGAAGACCAGACCGUCGGUACGAACAUCCCAAAGCAGUUUGUACCCGCUAUUGAAAAGGGCUUCAGGGAAGCCUGUGAGAAGGGUCCCCUGAGCGGGCACAAGAUCUCAGGAGUCAAAUUCUUGCUGGAAGACGGAGCACAUCACAUGGUCGACUCCAAUGAGAUCUCCUUCAUCCGAGCAGGAGAGGGUGCUGUAAAGCAAGCUAUGGAAAAGGCCAACGCGAUCAUCCUGGAGCCAAUCAUGUCUGUGGAAAUCGUAGCACCUCAGGAGUUUCAGGGAGCAGUCAUUUCUGGCGUAAACCGUCGGCACGGUGUUAUCACAGGACAGGACGGGGCCGAGGGAUACUUCACUCUGUACGCUGAUAUUCCACUAAAUGACAUGUUUGGCUACGCCUCAGAGCUACGCUCCUGUACUGAGGGAAAAGGCGAGUACACCAUGGAGUACAGCAGAUAUCAGCCCUGCCUGCCAGCCACGCAAGAAGAACUCAUCCAUAAAUACUUAGAAGCCACAGGGCAGCUGCCUGCAACAAAGAAGAAGUGGAAGAGCUGAAAACUGUCUCCUCUCUUGUAUACUACUGGACUUUGACAUGACAACCGUCCCUCCUUUAGACACCAUUUCUGCCCAUCAUCACCUGAGACUUGACAAUAAGGCUUUAAUUAGUGGAGCCAAACAAAACCUUGACAUUUUACUUUUGUUUUGUUGUUAAAGCUAAUUUUCCUCCCUCAUGAUUGACCCCUGUGGAAAAACAUGCUGUAUUUAUUACUUUGCUUUUAGCACAGUUUGGCCUCUAUGCUCUGUAGUCAACAUUUUGUAAGGUGGUAAGGAAAGCUCAGUGUUUUGAACCUGAGCUUAUAAUGGCUUUUGUACUAUGUACAGGAUGGUUUUGAUGUAAUAAUGACUGCAGAAAAGAUCCAUGUCCUUCUUUUAAA